GUCCGCGCUGCGAGGAUGCUUUACGCGCACACAGCCACGCACUGUUGCGCCUGACUGGAUACCCGACGACCGGGGAACAAUGUCACCUCCAGUUUUCACUCCUUUGUAGAAAAAAAGUGUCUUUGAAAGGUUAUCUUUCCUUCUCCUGCUUUCUCUUAAUUUUGGGCAGGGAUAAUAAGAAACUGUCUGUGGGAAACGGAGAAGUUGCUGGUGAUUAACUGAGUUGUGACCUCAGAUCAUGGCCUACACACUGGGCUCGACCCCUGACGGUCAGGCCCGCGGUGUCGGACCUCAGCACUGCAUCACCCGGGUGGAGCUGUCCGUCACUGCGACCAACCUUCUGGACCGAGAUGUAGCCUCCAAGUCGGACCCAUUCUGCGUGCUCUUCCAUGAAGUGGAUGGAAACUGGGUGGAGCUGGGACGCACAGAAACAGCGGUGAACAACUUGAACCCGGUGUUUGGAGUAAAGUUUCAAGUGGACUAUCACUUUGAAGAGAUUCAGAAGCUUCGCUUCGCCAUCUUCGAUGAAGACAAGUGUGCCACUCAGCUCUACGAACACGACUUCCUGGGAGAAUUCAUUUGCACUCUGGGAGUGAUUGUGUCCAAUAAGAAACUUGACAGACCGUUGACCUUAGCCAACGGGAAACAAGCUGGCAAAGGAACCAUCACGAUAACAGCACAGGAGUUGUCUGACAACAGAAUCAUUACUCUGACCCUGAGUGGGCGUAAACUGGAUAAGAAGGAUUUCUUUGGAAAGUCAGACCCAUACCUGGAGUUUCACAAACAGGGAGAAGAUGAUAAAUGGAUGCUGGUGCACAGGACAGAGGUCAUAAAGAACACGUUAGAUCCAGUGUGGAAACCUUUCACAGUGCCUCUCAUUUCUCUUUGCAACGGAGAGGUAGACAGAAACAUCAAGGUCCUUUGUUAUGACUAUGAUAAUGACGGAGGCCAUGACUUCAUUGGAGAGUUUCAGACCACAGCUUCCAAGAUGAGUGAAGCCCAGAACUCUGUGGAGGUGGAGUUCGACUGCAUCAAUCCCAAGAAACAGAAGAAGAAGAAGAACUAUAAAAACUCAGGAGUUAUCAUUGUGAAGUCCUGUAAGAUUACACGGGACUACACCUUUCUGGACUAUAUACUGGGAGGAUGCCAGCUCAUGUUUACAGUCGGUAUAGACUUUACGGCUUCUAAUGGGAACUCCCGAGAGCCUUCCUCCCUCCACUACAUCAACCCACUGGGCAGCAACGAGUACCUUUCCGCCAUUUUAGCUGUUGGACAAAUCAUACAGGACUAUGAUACCGACAAAAUGUUUCCUGCUCUGGGAUUUGGAGCCCAACUCCCACCAGACUGGAAGGUGUCACAUGAAUUUGCCAUCAACUUUAACCCCACAAACCCGUUCUGUUCAGGCGUGGAGGGCAUCGCCCAGGCAUACUCUGCCUGCCUCCCUCACAUUCGUUUCUACGGCCCCACAAACUUCGCUCCUAUCAUCAACCACGUGGCACGCUUUGCUGCCCAGGCCCUUCAGCAAGAGAAAGCAGCGCAGUACUUCACGCUCCUCAUUAUAACAGAUGGCGUCAUCAGCGAUAUGGAUGAGACGCGCCACGCCAUUGUUCAGGCAUCAAAGUUACCCAUGUCCAUCAUCAUUAUUGGUGUUGGCAACGCAGACUUUGCUGCCAUGGAGUUCCUAGACGGAGACGCCAGUGUUUUAAGGUCCAACACAGGAGAGGAGGCUGUUCGUGACAUCGUGCAGUUCGUCCCUUUCAGGGAUUUCCGCAAUGCACCGAAGGAAACACUUGCCAAAUCCGUCCUGGCGGAGCUGCCUCAGCAGGUCACCCAAUACUUUAAACAGCGAAAUCUCCUGCCCAACAACUCCGAACCAGAAUGAGACGAGAGGACGAAGACGAGAACCCACCCGCUGUAAAAACGCUACGAUGACUUUACAGAACCUUCUUGUUAAUGAAAAACAAUACAGAAGGAAAUUGUGUAUGUCAGCUGUGAACAAAAGUGAAUUGUGGACCAGAAAAUAAAUAAAAAUCUUGCAAUUAUAUUUGUAAAGUUUUACUGGUUAAUUUGUCUUUUAAAGCUUUCCAGCACAGAGAUGUGUGAAAAUAUUCUGGAAAAAGACUUUGCAUGAGUUCAAUCUCCAGAUGUCAUGGAGACAAGGACCUAGUUAUUUUCUAGAAGGAUGAAGAUGAUCUUUUCUUGUUUAUUUUUUUUUUCCUUUUCUGGUUUAUGGUUGUAAGUGUGUCUUGUGACGGAGGCCAUGUGAGAAUCACAGCUCCCUUGUGUAAAGCCCUUCCUGAACUGAAAACUAUCAGUGGUUGAUUCCUCUUCAGCUGUUGUACGGACCUUUCUGAGACUGCAGAUAUGGAAAAGGCUGUUGGUUUUUGUUUCCACUUGUGGCAGCGAGAUGGGGGUUAGGUACUACCUGGACAGGAUCAGAGGAGAAGAAGGCUACAGUGGGAGGUGUAGCAUAGAUCAGGGAUAGAUGCGUGAACUCAUUAGGUUGUUGGAGCCUAUAGCUUCUACAAAAUCCUUCUAUUUUUUGUUUACUGAGUUGAUUCUGCAUGUUGCCAGUAUUUACUCACUGAUUACAAAGUGAUACUGAUGUUCACAAUUGCAUGUUUUAUUAUAUUUUUACCUUCAAAUUAUGAACUCGAUGUUGAUAUUUGAUGGGAAUCUGUUGAAAGUAAAAGUAUGAUAUGAUAAAAGAGUUUGAAUCUACUUGUACAAGCAGAGAGACGUUUCAGAUAUGCAUAUACCAAAUGUAUAUUUCUAUGAUGCUGUUUCUGUAAUGAUAAGCAAUUGUUU